UAUCUGCAGCAAGUGCGGGGUGAGGGAGAGGCUUCCGCCAGCCGCGGUGUAUGGGUCAUCACCUCACACUACAAGAACACCCACUACUACUACACACACUGAUCUCGCCCAGUGCUGAGGACGUGCGUUGCUGCCCACUUCUCACACCGCUGUGCUGAGGGCAUGUGUUGCUGCCCGCUUCACACACCGCUGUGCUGAGGGCAUGUGUUGCUACCCACUGUACCCAGUUCACACACCGUUGUGCUGAGGGCGUGUUGCUGCUGCCCACGCCACUGUGUAGAGGGCGUGUUGUUUCCCACUUCACUGUAUUGAGCGUGUUGUGCCAGCCACACAUGCUGCUGGGUUCUAGGCGUGUGUUGCUGCCCACCAUUCACGCCUCGACCCAACAAUCACAUUGAAAAUCAGAAACAUUGGUUCCAUUUAGCACCUACUGUAAACUUAAACGAAGCAUUUGCUAUGAAAUUAUAAUAUUGUCUUAACUGUUCCUCGAGGACUGGCUAAAAAAAACAUUCUCAGAUACUUUGGUGUUUACGAACUCUCAAAAGAGCCAGGCCUCUUGGGAUAUUAAUACUCUAAUGUAAGAGAGUUUUCCAAGCACAGUUUUGGAACCUUAGAAGAGAGGUGUAAGAGCAAAAUACAUACACCAUGAUUUCGGUCUUUAAGCUCUUGUGUAUAGUGGCGUCUUUCACACUUUCAGAGUGCGUGAAGAACGAGCUGUCGUGCUACCAGUGCAACGUGAGCGAUGACAUCGCCUGCACCGACGAGUACCUCCUCCCCUGCCCCAACAAGCAGGUGUAUGACAGGUGCGAGACACGGGAAAGGAGAGCAGCUGAUGGGAGGCGAUGGGUGGAGAAGGGCUGCGCGCUCUCACCCUGCCACCUCCUGCCGGAGGAGGAGGCGUCCCUAGGGCUUCUCUGCGACUACUCCGCCCCGAUAUAUGACUGCGUCGUCUGCUGCAAGGAAAGUGGCUGCAACGGCGCCAGCGUGGCCACCCAGCCGGUGUCCUCAGUAUUAGUGAUGCUGCUGACGGCGUUCCCGCUGCUGUUCCCGGGCUCCUAGUGUCCUUACGCGAUCACCGCCAGCAUCUUUCCCUCACUUAUAAGGGCGUUUUAAUUUGUUCAGCUUCACCCUUUUACCUGAGGACCACUAUCACUCUAGUAGCCUCGACGAGGACAGGAAGUCGGCGGUGAAUCGACACGGGGGGAGGAGGGAGGUAUCACCGGGGAGGAGGUGGGGAUUGGUUCACGGGGUGUUAUAUAUUUAUAGUGUAUGUAUGUAUGUAAUAUUAACAAUUGUGUAACUAGCUUCACAAGAUUGUCAAUUGUUUAACUAAAUUAACUAUGGCGUUCAGUUCCGGAACCCAUUAUGUGCCUCUGUAACCCUUUCCAUCACCGCCCACAAGAUGGGUAUGGGGUGUAUAAUAAAUAAAUAAAUGAAUAUACCUUUGUCAUUAUAAAUUUUGUAGUUUUGUUUUUUCCUACGUCAAAUCAUAUGAUGUGUGAAAAUGGUGUGACACAAUUUUUAGGUUCAAACAUUUUGCAUCUAGAAUUUGAUAGUAAAUUAUAUUAAUUUAUUUUGCAUUAUGUGAUAACUAACGAAAUAAUGUAAAUGUAAUUGCAAUGCAUAAUUAUGAUAUGAAAUGUAUAAAUGCACUGUAUAGAGUUGCGAGUUCUUUGAAGGACUUGUAAAGAGACGGGGAUGGUGAAACAGCCUAAACUUGUUUUAUAUUUU